UAUUUUUUUGUUUACGAACACUAACGCAUUCUACCGUCGUUCGCUGAAUAUUGAGUUUAGGAACACUCGCUAACGCGAAGUAUUUUUACAACGCAGUGCCUCGAAGCUGUUGGUGUCACGUGACGUCCAGUUUUAGAACGGCUAAACGGCAACGCGGUACUGCCACGACGGAUCGCAGGAGGGUUUUGUACGGUGCGUGAGGAGGUGUGUCGCGCCCUGCCUCGAUUUCUGCCGUGGAAGGGACCUUUCAAUUUUGUCAAUUAGCCCGAAAUAGCAGUUUGAAACGACGAUGACUGAUUACGCGAUGAAUAAUAUAGACCAGUACGGUGAUGGCUAUAUGGAGCCCGAAGAGGAGUGGGAGAGAGAAGGACUUCUUGAUCCAGCCUGGGAAAAGCAACAGAAAAAGACAUUCACUGCCUGGUGCAACUCACACCUGCGUAAAGCUGGCACGGCCAUCGAAAAUAUCGACGAAGAUUUCCGAAAUGGGCUGAAGUUGAUGCUGCUUCUCGAGGUGAUUUCGGGGGAGACGCUGCCCAAGCCAGACCGUGGCAAGAUGAGGUUCCACAAGAUCGCCAACGUCAACAAGGCCCUCGACUUCAUCGCCAGCAAGGGUGUGAAGCUGGUGUCCAUCGGCGCGGAAGAAAUUGUGGAUGGCAACUUGAAAAUGACCCUGGGUAUGAUCUGGACCAUCAUCCUGAGGUUCGCCAUCCAAGACAUCUCCGUGGAGGAGAUGACUGCUAAGGAGGGCUUGCUGCUGUGGUGCCAGCGCAAGACUGCCCCCUACAAGAACGUCAACGUGCAGAACUUCCACCUCAGUUUCAAGGAUGGCUUGGCUUUCUGUGCCUUGAUUCACCGUCACCGGCCGGAACUCAUCGACUACCACAAGCUGUCCAAGGACAACCCCCUGGAGAAUCUGAACACCGCCUUUGACGUUGCAGAGAAGUAUCUGGACAUCCCGCGCAUGUUGGACCCUGACGAUCUGGACAACACCGCUAUGCCAGACGAGCGUGCCGUCAUGACCUAUGUGUCGUCCUACUACCAUUGUUUCUCUGGUGCGCAGAAGGCGGAGACAGCGGCCAACAGGAUCUGCAAGGUACUGAAGGUGAACCAAGAGAAUGAGAGGUUGAUGGAGGAAUACGAGCGACUAGCUAGCGAUCUGCUGGAGUGGAUCCGGCGCACGAUGCCGUGGCUGAACUCCCGCCAGACGGACAACUCGCUGGCCGGGGUGCAGCGCAAGCUGGAGGAGUACCGCACGUACCGCCGCAAGCACAAGCCCCCCCGCGUCGAGCAGAAGGCCAAGCUGGAGACCAACUUCAACACCUUGCAGACCAAGCUGCGGCUGUCCAAUCGCCCCGCCUACAUGCCCACCGAGGGCAAGAUGGUGUCUGAUAUUGCAAAUGCAUGGAAAGGUCUGGAGGCUUCAGAAAAAUCAUUUGAAGAAUGGUUGCUGUCAGAGAUGAUGAGGCUGGAGCGGCUCGAGCACCUCGCUCAGAAGUUCAAGCACAAGGCAGACACGCACGAGGACUGGACGCGCGGCAAGGAGGAGAUGCUGCAGAGCCAGGACUUCCGGCAGUGCAAGCUGAACGAGCUGAAGGCGCUGAAGAAGAAGCACGAGGCGUUCGAGAGCGACCUGGCGGCGCACCAGGACCGCGUGGAGCAGAUCGCUGCCAUCGCCCAGGAGCUCAACACCCUGGAGUACCACGACUCCGUGAGCGUGAACGCCCGCUGCCAGCGCAUCUGCGACCAGUGGGACCGCCUGGGCGGGCUGACCCAGCGCCGCAGGGCCGCCCUGGACGAAGCCGAGCGCAUCCUCGAGAAGAUAGACAUCCUGCACCUGGAGUUCGCCAAGCGCGCAGCGCCGUUCAACAACUGGCUGGACGGAACACGGGAGGACCUGGUCGACAUGUUCAUCGUCCACACCAUGGAAGAGAUCCAAGGGCUGAUCGAUGCCCACAACCAGUUCAAGGCAACGCUCGGGGAGGCAGACAAGGAGUACAACUCGAUUGUGUCGCUUGUGCGGGAGGUGGAGACGACUGUGCAGAAGUACCAGGUCCCCGGUGGCCUGGAGAACCCCUACACGACGCUCACUGCCACCGACCUGACCAAGAAGUGGACGGAUGUGAGACAGCUGGUGCCCCAGAGAGACCAAACCCUGCAGAAUGAACUGAGAAAACAACAGAAUAACGAGAUGGUGCGUCGACAGUUCGCAGAGAAGGCCAACCAGGUUGGUCCGUGGAUCGAGAGGCAGAUGGAUGCCGUGACUGCUAUCGGCAUGGGCAUGCAGGGCUCGCUGGAGGACCAGCUACAUCGCCUGAAGGAGUACGAGCAGGCAGUGUACGCCUACAAGCCGCACAUCGAGGAGCUGGAGAAGAUACACCAGGCAGUGCAGGAGGGCAUGAUCUUUGAGAACAGGUACACACAGUACACCAUGGAGACCCUCCGCGUGGGCUGGGAGCAGCUGCUCACCUCCAUCAACCGCAACAUCAACGAAGUGGAGAACCAGAUCCUGACGCGUGACUCCAAGGGCAUCACCCAGGAGCAGCUCAACGAGUUCCGCUCCAGCUUCAACCACUUUGACAAGAACCGCAGCGGCCGCCUGGCCCCGGAGGAGUUCAAGUCCUGCCUCGUCAGUCUGGGCUACAGCAUCGGCAAGGACCGCCAGGGAGAAAUUGACUUCCAGCGGAUACUGUCCCUACUGGACCCCAACAACACCGGCUACGUACACUUUGAUGCCUUCCUGGACUUCAUGACCCGCGAGACAACUGACACUGACACUGCAGAGCAGGUCAUCGACUCCUUCCGCAUUCUCGCUGGAGACAAGCCGUACAUCCUGCCCGACGAGCUGCGGCGGGAGUUGCCGCCCGACCAGGCAGAGUACUGCAUACAGCGCAUGCCACCCUACAAGGGCCUGAACGCUGUCCCGGGAGCCCUCGACUACAUGUCCUUCUCGACGGCCCUAUACGGGGAGUCCGACCUGUAGCCGGCAUGACCACGGUGGAGCCCUCUGUCUCGCCCGGCGGUCGAUGCAUUCAUGUGGAUUUGGCUGGCAGUAUACUUUGCGUUGGAUGAAUUUGCUUAUACCAAAAAAAAAAAAUAAUAAUGAGUCGAUAUAGUUGAUAUAGUCGAUGCAGCAAAGUGUUUGUCACGUUCCAACCAAGGUUGUGUCGGAGUAUGUUGUGUGUUGAGUGUGUAUGCCUAAAAAGAAAUUAUUCGGCCUUUGCAGCUGACUUCAGGCAAUCAGCGUUCUCACGAGGCGUGCACUUGUUAAUCAGUCAUAUUUGUCUGUGUGUGUGUGUGUGAUCAUUCAUUGGUCAUACAAGUAUUUUUUUUUUCGUUUACAAUGAUUGUAAUAUGUGUUGAAAUCACUUGUCUUUGUAAGAUAGACACAAUCAAAAUUAUUUACAACUCCCUAGAAGGGAAAAAGCCAUUUCAGUACAGAAAAGGCAAGAAUCCUUAACAGCAGGUAACUUUUGCCUUAAUGGCAAGGUGUGUGAUGAUUGUCAGACAUAAAUUUUGUAUUCUGGUUGCUUAGGAGCUGUAGGGACUUGCAUUCCCUGAAAGAUGUAAAUAUUUUAUUACGGGCAGCAUACAGAUGGACUAAAAUCCUUUUUAUUUUAUUUUUUGUGUAUUUUGUCAUAAUGCACAAGACAUUUGGGUAUAUAAAUUUAUUUUUAGAAUCAUUUUUGUGGGAUAUACAUCGCCACGUAGGUAUUUUCUUGCCUGUCUGUUUUCCUUUUAAUCUUAUUUUUGUUUUUGUGUAUAGCUUUGUAUAUUUAUUUAUGUAAGCGUUUGCUAGUAAGGUGUAUGUAUGCCUUAUAUAAAUUUUUAACUCUUUACCAUAUCUUUGUACAGGUGAUAAUUUGUAAACUUGGCACUACACUUUGUACAUGUUUGUGCGUGGAUGAAAAAACUUCUAUUUUUUUUUUUUUUUUUGCCGUCCCUUCCACGGUUUUCCUCCAACAGAAAUCUAUUUUUCUUAUAAACGAACAGUUAUUGCCACUUAAGUACAAAAUUAUUUUUAAAAUGUACUUGCAGGCAGUAACAACGAACCUGAAGACUUCUAUUAUCGUUUUAGAAAAUAUGCAUUGUACAGAAAAAUUUAUAACAAUUUGAAUAAAGUAUAAGUUCUUUCAGUAAACAGAAAUA